AUGGCUAUCAGUUUGCUCUCCAAAAUGAUCACUACCGUGAUCUUGGCAAUUUCAUGCCUGCUGGGUGUUGUGUCUGCUAGCGCCGCACGCUUCCCACCCCUCAAAGUUAUGGAAAGACAAAUUUUGGUCGACCCAACUCUACUCGUGAGCCCUCAACUUCGUGUCAUCGCCGGGCAGAAUGUCACGUUGUAUGGACUCGGCUAUCCCACGGUGACUGGGCUUGCGGGCGUGGACUUGGACGGAAAGCUCAUUUCGCUCGUCGAGACCACCGACGCCAACCCGAUUAAAGCCGUAGUGACAAUUCCAGCCAACAUAACACCAGGAAUGCACACUCUGACGCUCUUGUGUGGCGGGUCCUCGGCUACGCUCCAGAUGCCGGUGUGUGUCCCGAGCGUUCCAGAAAGCUGCAAUGAGAUAAUUGGCUUGACGACAGCGAAUGAUGAUCUGCCCGAAGAUAUCGUCAUUGGCUUCAGUCCAUACGUUAUGGUAGAAGACGCCGCAUUCAAGGUUAUUGGCGAAGGCUUUUGGCAUCGCGCGGUUUCGUUGUAUAUGGGCCCGCUCGGAGUGAGCGGAGCGAGCGACCUGUCGCUGCUGGGUAGUACCACGGCCGACUCGACCGGACACUUUUUGUCGCCGCAGUUUAAUGUGCCGCCGGGCUCAGGAGAAAAAGCCUUGGCGUACAAUGUCACGGCCGAACAGAUAGGGUUUUGUAUUCGCUCUGGGAUACAUUGUAUCCCGAAUGUGGUGUCUAUCACUAUUGAUCUUGCAAUAACUAAUCCUCCUUAACUUCUGAAAGGAUCUUUUCAUAUGUACGAGAUAAGUAACUAAGAGAAUUGCU